GCAAGAAAAUAAAGGCGGAACCGACUCGUAUCGAGAAGAGUAGAAAAGGGCAAUGGGUAUUCUCAGGGUCUUUGCCCUCCCUGCAGCGAUUGCAGCGACAGCUAUUAUUUCUUCUUCUUCUUCUUCUUCUUCCUCCCCGCCGUUUCCCUUUCCAACCAAGUUACCCUGCUCCGUCCCUUCUGCAUUAGCGACCCGCUCCCUCCGCUUUGCUGCCCUCAGUAUGGAUUCUUCAGCCGUCGAGAUUAAGACUAACUUCAUCCAGAAAGAUACGAUUUUGCCAGAACUCCUGACAGAGUUCAUGGUGGAUAUGAAAUGUGAUGCAUGUGUUUCAGCAGUGAGGAAUAAUCUUUUAAAACUUGAUGGAAUAAAAAAUGUUGAUGUAGAUUUGAGCAAUCAAGUAGUAAGGAUUCUUGGCUCAGUUUCUGUGAAGUCAAUGGAAGACGCUCUUGCUCAGACAGGUCGCUCUGCUCGAUUAAUUGGACAAGGCAAUCCUAAUGAUUUUUUAAUUUCUGCUUCUGUUGCCGAGUUCAAAGGUCCAGUUAUAUAUGGAGUCGUACGUUUGGCUCAAGUGAGCAUGGAAUUGGCAAAAAUUGAUGCUAGCUUUAGUGGGUUAUCUCCUGGGAAGCAUGCAUGGACCAUAAAUGAGUUUGGAGAUUUGACCAAGGAAGCAGCAAGUACUGGGAAAGUCUUUAACCCUCCGUAUAAUAUUUCUGAAAUGCCCCUUGGUGACCUGGGAACACUAGAAGGUCUUGAUACAGGCAUAUCUCAUUUCUCAGGUUUUAAAGAAAGAAUUAGAGUCUCUGACCUCAUCGGUCGUUCAAUUGUAGUUUAUGCAACUGAAGAUAAAUCAGUCCCAGGCAUUGCAGCUGCAGUUAUAGCAAGAAGCGCAGGAGUUGGUGAAAAUUAUAAGAAGCUAUGCACAUGUGAUGGUGUAACCAUAUGGGAGUCGAGCUAGAUCUUGUGUUCUUUGCUUUUGGGUUAUGUUGUGUUUCUGUUGUAAAACUUCAGUACAUCUUUAGUACUCUGGAAGAUUCGCUUGAGAGUGAACAAGCCAUGAGUAAAAUCUGUGUAUUUUAUUGGAUCUAAGCCUUCACUUGGGAUCAAAAUUUCAUUGAUAUACAAUGAAAGGUUUCUAGCCAUUGUCAAAA